GCGGGCGGGCACGGCCGUGGCCAUGGCGGAGUUCCGGGCGCUGGGGCUGGCGCCGUGGCUGGUGGAGCAGGCGCGGCAGGUCGGGCUGACCCGGCCCACGCCUGUACAGGCCGCCUGCAUCCCGGCCGUGCUGCAGGGCCGCGACUGCAUGGGCUGCGCCAAGACGGGCAGCGGGAAGACGGCGGCUUUCGUGCUGCCGGUGCUGCAAGUGCUCUCCGAGGAUCCGUACGGCAUCUUCUGCUUGGUGCUGACGCCCACCAGGGAGCUGGCGUACCAGAUCGCCGAGCAGUUCCGUGUCCUGGGGAAGCCACUCAACCUGAAGGACUGCGUGGUGGUGGGCGGCCUGGACAUGGUGGCUCAGGCUCUGGAGCUCUCCAGGAAGCCUCACGUCGUCAUCGCCACCCCCGGCAGGCUGGCAGACCACCUCCGCAGCUCCAACACCUUCAGCCUCAAGAAGCUGAGGUUCCUGGUGCUGGAUGAGGCUGAUCGGCUCUUCGAGCAGGGCUGCUCCGACUUCACCCCGGACCUGGAGGUGAUCCUGGAGGCUGUGCCGGCUCGCAGGCAAACCCUGCUCUUCAGUGCCACCCUGACUGACACCCUGCAGGAGCUGAGGGGGCUGGCUGCCAACAGGCCCUUCUUCUGGGAGGCUGAGGCCAAGGUGCGGACGGUGGAGGAGCUGGACCAGCGCUACCUGCUGGUGCCUGAGGCUAUCAAGGAUGCCUACCUGGUGCACCUGGUGCAGACCUUCCACGAUGAGCACGAGGACUGGUCCAUCAUCAUCUUCACCAGAACCUGCAAGGACUGCCAGGUCCUGAACAUGAUGCUGAGGACCUUCAGCUUCCCCUCUGUGGCUCUGCAUUCCCUGAUGAAGCAGCGGCAGCGCUUUGCAGCCUUGGCCAAGUUCAAGUCCAGCAUCUUCAAGGUCCUGAUUGCCACUGAUGUGGCUGCCAGAGGCCUGGACAUCCCUGCAGUGCAGGUGGUCAUCAACUACAACACCCCAGGGCUGCCCAGGAUCUACAUCCACCGCGUGGGCAGGACGGCCCGGGCCGGCAGGACAGGCAUGGCCAUCACCCUGGUGACACAGUAUGACAUCCACCUGGUCCACGCCAUCGAGGAGGAGAUCAAGCUGAAGCUGCAGGAGUUCAGUGUGCAGGAGAGGCCUGUGCUGGACAUCGUCACCCAGGUCACUGUCACCAGGAGGCAGUGUGAGAUCGAGCUGGAGGGGUUGGAUCUGGAUGAGAGGAAGGAAAUCAACAAGAGGAAGCAGCUGAUCCUGGAGGGCAAGGACCCAGACCUGGAGGCAAAGAGGAAGGCAGAGCUGGCCAAGAUCAGGAGGAAGAACAAACAGUGCAGGGAGAAGGUGCAGCAGGCACUGCUGCAGAAGAAACAGCUGCAGCUGAAGAGGAAACUGCAGAAGAAGAGGGAGAGGAGGAAGAAGCUGCAGGAGGAGAAGCAGCAGCAGCAGCAGGAGGAGGCUCUGGCCUGAGCUGCUUGGCCUGGACUGCCCCAGCUCUGGGGGCUGGU